CUUCAAACACUGGUUCGAAUCACUUUCGACUUCGCAUCGGCUCGCUUGUUCGGGUUUGACAGCAACUGCCAAGGAAAGAACUUCACAACAUUACGGGAUCGGAGGUGCAAUUUUGUGUGGUCUCGGAAUUAUAUUACAAACAACACUUUGCCAAAGAUGAAUCAGUAACUAAACAACCGUACUUAAUACCUGUGCUGCAUAACAGAACACGCGUGCCUAUUCUCCCCCAAAAGUGGCCAAUAUCAGUGCAUUUUACUGUGUAGGUUCACUUCGGAUUCAAGCCCUACGUAAAACAUUUUCAUUACCCAAAAAGCACCUACUUCAACUAGCGUAGGUAAGCAGCCCAACCAUGGGGAAUGAUUGAGCGAGCCGAGUGUGAAGGAAGAGUGUACCACGGGAAAGCAAGACAAGCUCGCUUAUCGGAUACGGAGUUGCAGUGUGCUGAGAUGCCCCAGUCGACGACCAAUCAGCAUAACGUUGGCGUGAACGUGUGCGGUUCGCACCAGCAGCACUCGUUCGAUGCGGCCACCGCUAUGGCGAACGAUUCGAGACAGACCACAGUAAUGUCGGCGGUUGCGACGGCAAACAUCAUCGGGCACGGGACUAGUGUAGCACCGCGAUCUAGACCGAAACCAACUCAACACAAUUCGAGUACACCUUCGAUUGGGCUCACGUUGGCAGCAAUACCACUGAAUCCCUCGCCGAAAAACGUAAUUUCGCCCAUUCCGGCAGCUAUCGUAGAAUGUGAUAAGUUUGUGGCCAAUUUUGACGAUAAGUUUCUUGCCGCUUCCAUACCGAGACAAAGCCCGGUAGAAGGAGAUUCGAACAGUUUUAAAUUCACGGUACCUUCAGCAGCUGUAUCACCUGCUGCUUUGCUGUCCCCAUUCGAGCAAGAUCCAAUGUCGACCUCCACCACCACGGUUUCCAUUAGGCCGAGGCCAACGGUGCUGUCGCACUCGCAGCAGCACAUGCUGAGCAAUUCCAACAGUGAAAAAUCGCUAGUCUCUCCAUUGUCCGGAUCGUCCACGUGGAAUCCGUUCGGAGAUCCUUCGCCGUUCAGCCCCAUCUCGACGCUCACGGAAGAUCAACUGUUUGGAGCAGAGUUUGACAAACUGCGGCUCGAAGGUAGCCAAACCUCUAUCGUGACCUCUCCGGAGGAAAUGAAGUCGGACCGUUGCGUCUCGUAUUGGGGACCCCAGCGUGGAUCUCUUUCGCAGGCCCUAUCUACCGGAAUGAUAGCAACGAACGGAGGUUUAUCCGGGAAGGAUUUACUGACACUGGAAGAGGAUCCCUUCGGUUCCGCACCGUUUACGCUUCCGAAACGGUUCAAACAGAAAAGUAGCUCUUCGAAGCUUGCUUCCAAGAUAAGCGAUCGCUGGCGGUACGCUGUGGGCAGUGGCCAAGGAGGAGCUGGCAAGGAAAGUCUGAUAGAAAACACUCCGACGGAACCAUGCAACAAUGGCAUCGACGUCGUGGGUAUUGGCAAUCCCCACAAGGAUCUGGGAAUAGACAAAACAGUACUUGGACCAAAGAAUCUGAAACUGGACGAUCUCAUUAGCAGCGGGGAAAAGGGAUCGCCCAGCUUCAUUAAACUGCCGCUGGACGAUCGUAACAAGUACGAAAAGCUCAACUCUAACGACAUCACGUCGGACGACAGCGAUUCCGAGUUUUAUUCCGAAUCCAUCGGAUCGGCAGCCGUUGGUGGCACGGUCGGUGGAUCUGGUGGUCUCGUGGGGAUAGGCCACAUUCACAACAGCGGCAGUACCGGUGGUGGGGGUGCAAAGAAACACAGUUUCAAACAGUUUGUAGAGAGUAACAUUCCAGAAAAAUUGCAAGCCGUGUACCAUAAGGUCGACAAGAGUCAGAUGAAAAACGUACCGCUGGUAAAGAAGCUGCGCAGCAAGGUGACUCAAGCGACCAAAGAAUCAUCAUCCACCGGCGUAACAGCAACCAAGGGCACUGAUCGUCGUUUAGCGCGAAAAAGUGAUCGUGUAAAUAGGCAAGAGGCGAAUGCACCGACAAAUGGUAAUGCUUCGGAUGAUGAUUCGAUUGGAUCAGCAUCGGAUCUCCGCGCGAAUGAUGAUUUUGCGGAUGGAGACGAAACCAGUGCGAAAGUUGCUUCGCAAGAACCCACGCGCAGGAAACCGUUCGGCCGGGGAGUAUUUGGCGGUGAGGGAAGUGUGGAUGAUUGCAUUAGCGAGAGUAUUAAAACGUGCGGAUCAAGUGCCUACCAUGCGGAAUGCGAAAGCGUCACCACCAACGAGGACAACACGAGCCGUAUAGUGACUAGGGUACGCGUAAAGAAGCGGGAACAUUUGGAUUCGAAGCACAGCGUCAUCGAUGAAGAUGAUUCCGCCGAAGAGGACAUGAUUCAGGGCGAAAAGCCACUUCUGUUGGACGACGAGCUGGACUACGAAUCGGCAGCCGAGAAUAAUACGAGCGGUGAGGAGGUCCUGAUGGAUCCAUUCACGCCAGAAGAUGAAAUAGUCGCUAAAAUGCAGCCAAGCGUCCAGGAAGACGAUGAAGCGGACGCAGAAUUGGAUCCGUUUGCGAUGGCUCCCUUCCGCAAGCCGUUCGUGCCAAAGCGAAACAGUGGUAUAAAAUUUCUGCCCGAUGUACAUUCCAUUCCGGAACACUGCCCUCCCGUUGGAACGGUAGAGCUACUAUCGAAUGAUUUCAUCACAUCUACACCGAUUAAACCGACAGCAACGAGCUGCGAACCCGUACAUCCUGUAUCUUGUAACGACUUUUUCGAUUUGAACGUAGAACCGAUAUCGUCGACACAGCGGGAAAAAGUUUCCCCCAAUGCACGGCGCGAUCUGUUCGGACUGGAACCGUUUCCCAUCGCUCCAAUGGUUCCGGUUGUAUCGAACCUUUCGCCAGGCACGGUGACAGCACUGCCAACAAAACUGGUGGUUUCUCCUACGGUACAACCAGCACCAUCGUUAGCCAGCACGGUCACCCACUCACCGAAAGCUCCUAUUACAAAUGCACCUCAGGAAUCAUUAAUCUCGCGAGUUACCCUCGAGUCCGGUGGCGUAACAUUGACCCACAUUAUUCCUCACACUAGCACCACUGUACCGGCUAUACCGAUACUCCCUGCGCCACCAUCUUCAGUGCCGUUAAGCUCGUCUAUGUCAGCGACAGUUGCUGUCCAAAACCAGCAGGCAGCUAUGACCAACCAUCUCCACUACGGUAGCAACCAGCUGCAUGUAGGUGCUGUAUCCGGACAGCAGCACUUGACCGCACGGCGCAAUUACGUAAACUUUAGCCAGAUCCCUUCGCAUAGCGUAACCUCUAUUUCGCCAGAUAACAACUACGUAAACUUCUGCCCAGAUGACGAGGACGACGACGACGUGCGCAAUCUCAAGUCGGACGAUUACGACGACAACAGCAGCGAUACGGUUGUGAAAGUUUCCUCCAAAGGAUUUCUGACCAAAAAGCAAAAGGUAAGGUAUAAUCAUUUGCAGGAGAAGAGCAGCAGUGCCAGUACCGGGCAAGGGCGCAGUGACGAACCAACAAGUACGCUUGGUCAAAAGAUGAAGGCCAACGUUAGUGGCUACCGGAAGGCAGUGCUGGAAAGCGGUGUCGCAAGCAUCGCCAAGGGCCGAAAAGAUGACCAAACGGGCAAACAACCGAAGGGAAGCUCCAAAUCAAGCUCCAAAGCGAUGGGAUUCAGCAAUAUGAGUUUCGAGGACUUCCCUUCGGACGAACUGGCGGAUGAAGCGAUUGGAGCGGCCGAUGGUACCCGGCUGACGGGUGGCGUUGCUGGCGGGAAGCUGCUAAAGAUGGCCCCAUUUGAGGUGAUUCGCAACGAAAAGAUGCUGCUGGAGGCGGAGAAAAAGUUUGGUUCGCUGAAACGCCGUAGCAAUCCGUUCUCCUGAUUGUACGCAGAAGGAUACAAGAAGCGAAAGUGAGGACAUACACCGGUUAGCUACGGUGAAAGGUUGUGUACAGUGAUGGUAGACGUUCGUUACGUUAAGUUAUUGCUUCUUUAUUUUGUACUGUAAUGUACCACUGUUUGGUUCUGCAAAACCUCCUGCUGCUGCUGCUCCAAAGGGCGCACCGGGCAGCUUGAGGGGGGAUAUUGAUCAAAACAUUUCGCUAAGAAGUAAAAAAGCAUGGGUACGUUUCUUUAGAAGAAUACAGAACAUGCACUGAACCAAGAGACUGGAAUGCUUCGUAAUGAUGAGUGAAAAUUAGUACUUUCAAGUUAGCCGAUUUACGCACUGAUCGCACCGGUAGGAAUUUGGCCAAGAACCGCACAGGCACACACAGGAACAUAAAAUAAUCAGAUAGAGCCACCAACCUCAUCGCUCCCCCCGCGCAGGGUUGCAAGCAAAGAUUUUAUUCAACGAUAUUACCAAAAUGUAGCAUUAUUGGUACUUGUACAGGUAUUGUGUGCGUUUAGAGCUAGUGUGUUUGGUUGUGAACGCGUUUCACUACAUUAAUUUUCGUAUUACUUCGUUUUACUAUGUACGUUAUUUAUUACACUUUCGAACUACAACGGAGUCAGUCAGUGGGGCUGUAGCGUGUGUAGGUCUAGGACAGUAGAAUUGUAAUGCAAUAGAGCCCCGCUAGAGAAGGUGGCAGCUAUCUAUCGUGUGUAGCCUAUGUUCAGUAUUAUCAGACAGCAAGGUAAUACGCGCAAAGUGCAUUUCUUUACAUCGUUUCAUCCCGAAAGCAGAAGGAAAAACUAGCUCUGUGUUGCGCUAAACUUUUAUUCCAUAACGAUCGAGGAUCGCAGGGUAAAUGGUUUUUUUUUGUCUAGUAUGUAAAACAAACGUUUAGCAACCUUAUCCUUGCCUCGAACAACAAUGCUAAUCCACCUCCAACCUUGUUUAUACAGACUGCAAAUGAAGAAAAAAAAAACAAUAUUCGAUGAAUGCAAUACCCCGUAC